CUUAUUUGGAACGUUAUGAAAUUUAUUUACGCAAUUUGUUCACGUGCAUACGUAAAGCAUACGUCUUGAGCCUUCCGUCAAGUAAUUCACGGGAAACAAUCGUGGAUUAAAUAUAUAUAUAUAUAUAUAUAUAUAUAUAUAUAUAUAUCGACGGUCUGUAUUCUGGACUUUUGCAAAAAGUGCUCUCUUUACUUGCCGAGAUAUUUAUUCAAGUUGAGAAUACGCUCCAAAAAACGAUGAACAUGACGAAAAAGAUAAACGUCAACUUUUCAUCCUUGGUGGGCCUGAAAGCAGAACUGUUGAGGAAACAAGCUGAAGUAAACGAGGCCAAGUUGAAGACCGAGCCUGUCACGGCGCUGCCACUGUUGAGUAAGAAUAAGAAGAAGAGCAAAAAGACUGUUGCAGACGGUCGUGCUGAAGAAAAGGCCAAGAGACCGAGGAUGGACUCGGAGGAUAUUGUCGCCCACAAAAAGUCAAAAUUAAUGUUGGAAGCUAAAUCAAGAUUGUAUGAGAGGUUGAAGAAAUCGAAGAAUAAUAACGAUAAAUUUCUGGUCGAUUUUGAGAAUAAAUUGGACGAACCCAACCAAGACGUCGUGGAUGAGACGAUUAAUGAAGACGAUCCCUUGGAGCCGGAGGAAACGUGGGUCGAGUAUCAGGAUUGUUUUGGCCGUACGAGAAAGUGUUUGCGGGAGGAUCUGCCGCACAUGCGGAAGAAGGAUGAUUUCAUAAAGCAGGAAAUAAUGAAGAAACAUCUCGGUGAAGAGGAAGAAGAGGAAAACAAGGAGCAAUACUCUGUGCAGGAGAAAGAACCUGAGAUAGAAAUCAUGAGAAGAAAAUGGGAAGAACAAACGCGAAAGCUUGCGGACAAAGCUGAUAUACAUUAUCAAGACAUAUUGUUCGACGAGGCGCGAGCGCACGGCGUCGGUUACUACGCGUUUUCGCAAGACGAGGAGGAGAGAAUAAAGCAGCAAGAAAACCUGGCGAACUUGAGGAAGGAGACAGAGAGAAAGCAGAGGGAACGGAAGGAGAUCGAGGAACUGAAGGAGAGAAUGGAACAGAAUAGAUUGAAGGCAGCGAGAAUUAGACAGCGUAUCAGAGCGGGCUUGCCAGCGGAGCCUACGGAGGAGGAGUUGGCCCAAGAAAUGUAUAAUAAAUCUGCGGAAAAUAAAGACGAGUCUGCUGAAAAGUCUACGGAGACGGCUGAUCGUGUAGCCACAAGUGUCGUGGAUGCAUCUAUCCAGGAAAAAAAAACGGAUGAGGAUGAGGAUAAGAUAAAAGCCUUUGGAGAACUUCUGGGCAAGAAGAAUCACUGGCGCGUAAUGUCGCAAGAAGAAUGGGUAGAUAAAUGUAGAGCGCAAAGAAUUAACGAAUUUGGGCCAGUUUAUGAUAAUUUUACGAGUGGUGGAUUUUACAACUAUUCUCAGAACGAUGAGCAGUUGAUUCGUAAAGAAAACGAAAAGCCAGAUAACGCAGACACUUGUAGUAACUCUCAGAAAUUCAUUGAAGAAUCCAUCAACAAUUUACAGACGCGUCAAGACAGUAACGUGUCUGUCGGUACGGAGACAGUUUUCCGUGCUCAAGACCGCGAUAGCACGAGUCAGAUAGACAAAAACAAUUUACCGGGAAACAACGCGGCCAAUACCAGCUCCCACGACGUGUCGAAAAGUACACGAGGACCGGCAACAACUCCCGCUGUGACCUUUUCUCAGGAACAAACGACCGUUUCAUCACCGUUUACUCAUCUAUCCAGCACGUAUUUACGAAAUGUAUAUGACUCGUCUGAGAUAUAUACGCCUGAACAGCAAAAACAAACAGACGAUAUGAAUAUCCCCCUUCCUGGUGAAAAUGACGUUUCAUCUUCCGCUUCCAACAGUGUCGGUCACACAAACAAGCAAGAAUCAUUGUCACGAAAUAUAAAUGAAGUAAACAUUAUGGCUGGUCUGAAAUAUUUAAGAGAAAAAUUCGAAGCGAGUCACAGUAAAUGUACAUAAUAAAGCAUUAUUAUUAGUAUUA